GUUGGGGAGGUGCUGUUUCCAGCCUUGUAGCGUCAGCAUUGCAUCAAUUUGGUUAGCUGUAGCCUUGUCUGAAGCUGGGGCGGUCAGACAGUCAGAGCAGGAGAGAGCAGGAGGUUAGCUGCAGCCAUCAUAGGGAGGGAGUAGCUCAACCCAUAAACAGAAAUAUCAGAGCUGCACAGACACAUAGUUUUGCAUCUGCCAUUUUCUGAAGCUGUGCAAGACUAGAUGCGGGCAGAGACGUGAAUCAGUGCAUAGAGACUGCCUUGUUUCAGCACCUUGGACAGAGCACCCAGCAAAAUGGCUCCAGUCAGUAGCAGCACUGAAGCUUUUGGUAAGCAAGUUCUCCCCCAAAGUUUAAGGCGUUAUCCCUCUGAUUGAAAUACUUAUUGUAGCUGGAUAUAUAUGUAUAUAUAUGAAUAAGAUUAUUAUAUAUAGAUAAGGUGGGGCACCAGGAAUGCAUGGCUUUUCCAAAAUAAUAUUUUAUUUAAAAAAAAUGCUAUAACUAUUUUUUUUAUGAUGGUUUUGCUCACCCUAUGCAUCUUAUGUUGCACUUGUGAUACAUUAUAUCUAAAUUGUGCUGAUUGAUGCAAGUAGAUUGUUAUAUACGCCAUCACUAAGUGGCAGGGCUAUUGCAUGGUUCGUAGAUUUCUCUAUCACUUAGAUACAUUGAUGCAUUUAAGUUUUUAGAUAGUGUCUUAAAUAAAUCAUAGAUGUCAUUGUCACCAAACCUAAAAAUUUUUAUUUAUUUUUUAUAUAUAUAUAUAUAUAUAUAAAUAUAAUGUGUGACUUAAUGUUUACAGAGUUUUUAUAUGAUGUCUAUUUUUCCGGAUCUAUAUAUUUUUCAAUGAUUCACAUACAUUAAAAACGUGUAUUCUGUGUAAAGUAAUUAUGCCUUUCAUCCCUACUUUGAUUUCAUGAGGUUACUUUAAAGAGUGUAUGGAGAAUGGAAUCAUUUGGUAAAGUAAAUCACAGCGAUUUGGUUACAAUAUGAACUGAAUACAUCCCUUGUCCUGUCUGAUUUCUGCUUUUUACUUGGCUAUGAUUCAUGGCAUAUGUAUGUGGAGACCUAAUGCAUUUUAGUCACUGUGACGUCAUGCAAUCUGAAACACUAUAAUUAGAUUUGCUGAACGUACUGUAUAUAGAACAUUAACUAUUGUGCAGGUAGAACAUAUGCUACGGUUCCAUCAAGUUGUCCACCUUGAACUCCAUUUAAAAUAUUCCAAAGCUUUUCUUUUUUCUUUUCUUUUUUAGCUAGUAUACUAUUGGAUUGGAUUAAAUUAUCUAAACUAUUAGCUUACAUUUGAAAUCUUAACAUGUCUUUCUUUGUAUUGAAUGAAUGGGUCAAUUGUGUCUGUUAUGCUAAUAUAUAUUGCUGUCUCUGCAAGGACCAACAUAAAGACUUGACACUUGUACACGGUGUUCCAAAGAACUUGUGAUUGCAAUUUAAAUGAAGCUUCAGUGACUCAUUCUAGAAUCCUCACAAAAGCAAAUCUUAUAAUUAACUGGCAACAUUUUAGUUGUGUUUAGUUUCCACUUGUUAUAAUACUUUUAAUUGAGGCAGUUGAACAAUGUAUGAAAAAUGUCUUAUUCUUGAGAUAAGGUCCUACAUUUUACUUAGUCAUUCCACUUCCAUUUGUGUUAAUUUAUGCAGACAAUUACAUCAUAGAUAAAACUAUGGAUUUAACAAUUUCCUGCUUGCUGUGAGUCAUUUUUCAGAUAUAAAAUUAAGUCAUAUAGUACUUAAGAUCUGUUAGACAUAAUUGCAUUUUACUGAAUCUUUUUCACUCUGGUAUAUGUGCGACCUUUUAAUCUGAAUAUGCUUAGUUAUAUCUAUAUAUUACAAGGAUAUAGUAAGGUUAAGUAUUUUAAUAUUACAUUUUAGAUAUUUAAUAAUAAUAAUAUAUAAUUUUGUGAUUAAGUCAUAAGCACAUUCUUGCUAUUUCUGCCUUCAAUCAUUCUUCAUUAUUGAAGUUUAAAUCUGAAUAUAUUACAUAUUUUAUUGAAUCCUUUAAACUUAACAUAUAUUGGGUAAUACUUAAUUAGGAGUGAAGAUUUUAAACAACAGCAUCCAGUUACAUUUCAAUACUUACAGGUUUUUACAUUGUUUCUUGCGUCAUUUUAUUGAUUAAAAUAUCUAAAUAUUUUACCAUAUUUAACUAUUUACAUUUGGCACUAAUUGCAAGAUAAUGAACAGUAACCUACACACUCCUAAAUUUAAUUAUUUUAUUUAGAACAUGUUGGUGAUACCAAAAAACAACUCUAGGUGGUGCAUUCAAUAUCUGUGGUGUGUCCAAAAUGUAAAAAUAAAAAAAAGAAAUUGGGGGACAAUGCAAUGUUUAUGUAUUUCUACUGGAUUAAUUCCUCAUCGUGGAAAAAAUAAUAUCCAAUCUAUUUAUAUACAUGUUGUUUCCUUAUAUCUUAACUGUGUUUUAUAUAUAUCAUUUUUAGAUGAAAUCCCUUCAAUGGUUGGACUCAUAAGUGCAUUUGGCCUUGUAUUCACAGUGUCUCUAUUUUCCUGGAUCUGCUGCCAGCGUAAAUCAACAAAAUCUAACAAAACCCCUCCAUAUAAGUUUGUCCAUGUGUUAAAGGGUGUUGAUAUAUAUCCAGAAAAUUUAAACAGCAAAAAGAAAUUUGGUGCCGAUGAAAAAACAGAGUUGUCCCCUAAAUCACUAGUCUCAAAAUCAUCUCUACAUCUUGAUCUUGAGAAAAGAGACUUAAAUGGAAAUUUCCCUAAAGCAAACAAAGUUAGAAGUUCUCCAGAUCUUGAGGAUUUUUCACAACCUCAAAUACCAGAAAAUGAGAAAGAAUCUAUAUCUCCAGAGAGCAUCAAGUCCAGCACAUCCUUGUCAUCUGUGGACAGGCAAGAUAAGCUUGGAACUCUCUUCUUCUCCGUAGAGUAUAACUUUGAGAAGAAAGCCUUUGUGGUGAAUAUAAAAGAAGCCAGAUCCCUUCCAGCAAUGGAUGAACAAUCCAUGACAUCCGAUCCAUAUAUAAAAAUGACCAUCCUUCCUGAGAAAAAGCAUAAGGUCAAAACUAGAGUACUCAGGAAAACCCUUGAUCCAGCUUUUGACGAGACCUUUACAUUUUAUGGAAUUCCCUACAGUCAGGUCCAAGACUUAGUCCUACACUUUAUAAUCCUUAGCUUUGACAGAUUCUCAAGGGAUGAUGUUAUUGGAGAAGUGCAUUUUCCUCUCUCUGGAAUCGAAUUGUCUGAUGGAAGGAUAUUGUUGAACCGGGAAAUAAACAAAAGGAAUAUCCGGGUAACUCAUUUUUAUGUUUCCUUAUGUAUUAUUUGUGAUGACAUUUGUGAUUCAUUUUCAAUUUUUUUAUUAUUAUCAUCAUUCUGUUUGCUUUUAGAUAUGGUAACAUUCAUUAGUACUUUUUAUUUCAGAGUGUAAAUGAAUUUAAUGUAUUAUUUAAGAAAAUGUACGACUAUAUUUAAUUCCUUUGAGAAUCAAGAAAAUGUCUUAAAGUUUACAGUAAACAGAAUUCCAUAAUUAUAAGUAAAUUAAUACUAAACACUAUAUUAUAAUGAAACAUAUAUUUGUAAUUUAUUAACUAUACACCAUUUAUGUUAUUUAGUUUCAUAUACUUAUCAGAUGGAUUUUUACCUUUUAGGGAGAAUUUUGCUACAAUAGUGCCAUACCUGAACUUGUAGGGAGGAUUAUAAACCCAAAUUACUUGCAAAUCCCCCUUGUCUAUUAUCUUGACCACACCCACUGGUAUAGCCUCCAUCUCCUCAAAAAUCACAUUAAUUUCUGCUGUACAUCCUUCAUGCAGAUACCAACAGAUAUGGGUAGGGCUGCAAACCCUUCAUUCACUAGUCAUAACCAAGAACAAUUAUGUCAUUUAAUGCCUUUAAGGGGUCUUCUAAACAAGUAAACCAUAUCAUCCACACUAAGGAUCUUACCCACUUCUAUCUACUUUUUUUGCUCAUCCCACCACUGCAAUCCAUCUCUAUACCCAUUACAUGUAAGCAGUAAGUAAUGGCCACCAUUCUAAACAGAGGUUUAAAUACCUUUAUAUAGUUAAUGAAAUCAUACUUUACAAUUAAGACACCCUUUACACAUGUAUGCUAUUUUGGGUAGGUGUUUUAUUUAAUAUGACAAGUGAGAACAUUGUGAUAUAAAUAAACACUAAUGGCAGUGCUUCUGUAAUGGUUCUCAGUGGUCAUUAAUGAUUCAUAUGGUGCCAUUUAGUAAACUGGAAAGCAUCUGUUGUUAUAACAUAGUGUAUUCUUCUUUUAAUAAAAUGUCUUAUACUGGCUUUAGAAAUCAGCUGGACGUGGAGAAUUGCUGAUCUCUCUCUGCUACCAGUCUACAACAAACACUUUAACUGUGGUUGUUCUAAAGGCUCGGCAUUUACCAAAAGCUGACAUAUCAGGAUUAUCAGGUAUGUAAAUCUGUUUUAUAAAUCAUCUUUUACGUAGACAAAGAGAAAUAAUUUCUUCUUAUUUUUUGUGUUAUACUGACCACUUUGUGACUUACAGUUAAUCCAAGAAAAUAAUAUUCCAUCAAUGCUUCAAUGUUGAAUAACUUGCAAUACAUGUAAUAAUUAUAAAAGCGAUAGUAUUAAUGUGUAAAGAAGACAUUGUAAUUUACAAAAAAUAAAAUAAUGUUGGCCAGAUUCAAAUAUUAAAAAAAAACUAGAUAAGAAAAAGUAAUCUCAAUACUAUAAACUUACUAGUGAUAGAUAUAUGACUAUAAAUAAGUGUGAUGUUCACAGUUAUAUUGAACAUGACGUGUCCAUCACCAAAAAAAACAUUUCCAAAAACAGAAAUUGUGUACAACCUUAUUUAAAAUUGUAUAUUCACAUUUGUAUGAUAUUUUUCUAUAAUAACUUUAUAUUAUAGUUAUUGGUGCAUGCAUAUUCAUUGAAGGAAAAUGUUCCACUAAAUUGUAUUUAAUGUUUACACUUAUGUGUAUGGGUCAUCCUACAUAUUUUUUUUUUUAAUAUAAAUACAUUAUAAGAGUGUUUUCAUUACCAUAUUUUUUAAAGUGUUAAUUUCAAAUGGUAGGCUACAAUAUGCACGUUUUCUAUAUUUUCUAUAUUAGUUGUAUUUUGAAAUGUCAGUUUAACACACUGUAAGUAUGUGUUGUUAGAAAAUGCAUUCUUAUGUUCUGUUAAAAGUCUGUGACCUUGAAUUAUUAACCCUGCAUGCACUUAGUAAAAUAAUUCAUUUAUUUUAGUAAAAAUAAUUGCAAUUAGGACUGCUAAUAACAUCAUAUUGCCUAACAAAUAUUUUGUUAAUAAUUAUUGAUGUCACUAAUUGUCAUAAACUUUGCAGAAUACUUUACAUCAAGUGAGGGCAAAAUAUUUAUUAUCCCACAUACAUUUGUUGGUGUCACAGUAUCUCUGAAAGGUUUCAGACAAAACUCAACUUAAAAAGAGACAACAUAUGUCAGGAAGCAGCCAUUCUAUGACAAGCCACCAGGGGGCACAGCAUGCAUAAAAAUAGCCUGUGUUUUACAUAUAAUACAUAUGUAUGUAAGUUGUUGCUCAAUUGUUUUUACGUGGACUAGCAACAACCAAUAAAAAAAAUAUAUGUUUUUUGAUGGAAAAUGACACAAAAACAAAUAGGGUCCAACUUAUUCUUUUAAUGUAUCAUAAAAAAAUAUGACCCAAAGCACAAAAGAAGGUCAAGUUUUGGACCCUAGGGGGUUGAUUUAUAGUUGCAGUAAAAACUGAUGAGGUAAUUAAAAGGAAUUACACUUUAAAGUAAAAAAACAAAAAACAUAUUUAUUUAAUGUUAUUUACUAGCAUUGCAUAUGUGGUAACUACUGAGCAUAACUUCAGUGUAUAUUAUUGAUAUUGGGGAUAACAUGACAGAAGUGAACAACUACAACGGAAAACAGUCCAAUAGCCUUUUGUUGUCAUAGAUGUAAAAAAAAUAGACAAAUGGAGUCUUAGAAACUACUGAAUUUAACAUGACGGAACUGAACAUGCUCCCCCUUUCACUCAGUGUGCAUUAGGAUGGAGACCAAUCCUAAACAUGAUAGAACCCCCACCAACAGGACCUAUUCACAUCCACAAAUUAAAUAUAUAUGUGUUUCGUAUUGGGGUGAUUUAACAAAGAGUAGUUUAUCAGUCCGUUUAUCUGAAAGAAAGUACUGGGAAGAGAUAUAACAAAGGGUGGCAUUCAUUUUUGGUUUAGGUUCAAAAGGUUUAACACAUCACUGACACAAGUACCACCAAAUCCUGACACAUGUUCACACCAUCCAUAACUAUAUAUUUGUGUCCCCUCUGUAAUUAUAAGGAGCACCAGGGAAAGUUCAGUAAGCACCAGAGUCAAUAGUCUAUAGUGACACCAGUGCUCUGGUGUUAAUUGGUUUGCACAGAAAAAAUGUGUGAUCAGGUACUGCAUUCCAAAUCAAUUGAAUUUACUCCAUGACCAGUAGAAUUGUCCACAACCGUAAGCCCUCCCUGUAAAUUUUACCUGUAAUUAGGGUAUGGAUAAAAGUUAAGGUUCAUGUUGCAUUGAUAAAGAUAUGGAAUAGGGUUUAGGGUCACAUCUAUUUUUCCUAAAAUUGCAAAAACCUUGUUAAACUUGAGGGCUAAACACCUAAUUUCAUAAAAAAAUAUUAAUGUUAAUAUAUGUAUAUACAGAUACAUUAAAAUAUUUUUUAUAAAAUUAAAAAGGUUACUUUAACAUUUAUUGGAUAUAAAAUAAUGAAAUGUAUGCAUGGUCAUCUUUGUGCUGAAAUGUUCUUAUACACCUAUAACAAAAUACCUAUCCAAACAAAUCAUACCACUGUGGAAAACCAACAUAAUACUGCUCCAAUGGCAUAUCAGAAAUCUCUUUAUUUUUUAUUUUAAGCUGUUCCUUAAGUAAACCUCAGUCAGAUUGUUUUUAUUGGAGUUGAUAUUCAUUGUGGUUGAAGGGAGUGUAGACAAAAUGAUGUAUGUACAAGGUGAUGCCCUUUGAUUAUUUGCAUGUCAUUACAAUGAAUCAAUAACUGUCCUGGAUGUCUAGUAUAUGGUCUUUUGGAAUUGUUUACUUGCAGAACUGUUAUUUUAUUCAUUAGAUGAAUUUUCUGUGCAUAGCAUAAACAAGCAAAUCCUGUACCACUGAAAAAUACAUUGUAUUUUAAAUAUGUUUAAUUAUGCUGAGUCUAUGACAUGUUUAAUUUUGUAUGAGGAAUCUAAAUAUGGAAACGGCAUUUUAAUUCAUGUUUGCAUAUAGCAUCUUAAUUACACACGAUUCAUCUUCCAUUUAAAAUAAUCAAGAUUGAAAGGUUUUAUUUAUCUUUUGUUUGCUAUUUAUAAUGGACAUUUUAUGAAUGUUUUUGUAUUCAUGUUUAUGGGUUUCUAUGCUCAGCAGAGGAAUUUUACUAAGCAAUAUUUUAAUCUCUGUCCUACCUUUGCCUAUAUUUCCCUCAACCCACGACCUUCUUCUGUUUUAUGCUUACUCGCACGCACUACACCAGCAAAGUUUUUGGCUCUGCUUCGAUCCUCCAGCCUCACCAUUUGCUCCCUCGACCCUAUAUUCGAACUCAUGCUCUGUCUCCUUCUUUUGCUCUGUCCCUCACUAAAAUAUGCAAUCAUUCCCUCUCCUCUGGAUUAUUGCAGUCACUGUACAAGCACGCAACGAUCACCCCGAUUCUAAAAAAGCCCAACCUUGACCCUAACUCCGCAUCCAACUACUGUCCUAUCAUGCUUUUGCAUGCAAGAUCCUUGAGAGAGUUGUAUAUGUUAGACUGACCAACAUCCUUCAAUACAACUCUCUGCUAGACCUGAUUCAGUAUGGAUUAUGCACUCAUCACUCUGUUGAAACUACCCUGACCAGAGUGCCCAAUUAUUUAAUUGCUGCUAAAUUCAGUGGUUGCUACUCUUUCCUAAUUCUCCUUGACAUUUCUGCUGCUUUUGACACUGUUGAAUAUCAAUAACUUCUUCUCAUGCUCUGUAACCUUGGUCUAUGAAAAACUGCACAUUUCUGGUUUUCCUCCUACUUCUCCCAGCACUUUUUUAUUUAAACUUUGUCUAACUUUUCCUCUCCUUUCCAACCCCUCUCUGUCAGAGUUCCUCAAGGUUCUGUCCUUGGUCCCCUAUUGUUCUCGAUCUAUACUUCUUCCCUUGACAAACUCAUUAGCUCUUUUGGCUUCCAAUUUUAUUUCUAUGCAGAUAACAUGCACAUUUAUCUGUCCUCUCCUGAACGCUCACCGUCCCUCUUGAUUUGUGUUUUUGACAGCCUUUUUGCUAUUUCUAACUGGAUGGCUGCUCAUUUUCUUAUACAGUCCAAAAACUAUGCUUUUCAUAUUUUCUUGCUCAAGUGUUGCUACUCCUGUGUCUGUAUCUAAGCACUGCCAUUAGCUCUACCUCAAAGGCUCACUGCCUAGGUGUUCUUUCUGGGUCCAACCUCUCCUUCAACUCUCAAGUCCAGUCACUUCUAUCUCAACAACAGAUGCACGAUCAUCUUUCCAUCUAUCAUCUGUCACCGAGAUUACUGCAAUCAGUGCUGUCUUUAGGAUUCAUAUUUAAGGGGGGCACAUGGUGAGUCAGGGACAAAAGUAGGGGGGCAGUUAUAAAACAUGUAUGUAUGUGUGUGUGUGUGUAAAUACAUAUAUAUAUAUAUAGAUGCUCCGUUGGUCCCUCUGCAAACUGCAGAUUCAGCCAGAUAGGUAAUGUGUCACCAGGGCCGGACUGGCCCACUGGAUACCGGGGAAAUUUCCCAUGGGGCCGCAGCACCUGGGACCAGGCAGACAGCUGGUGCAGCCGCAAUUAGGCUGCUGAAGGCUGGAGGGAGACCUGUGCUGUCUCUGUUUUGCUCCCCCACCCUCGCGCACUACUAAAUGAAACUGGGGCCGGAAUAUGAUGUCAUAUACCAGCCCCUGUCUUGUUAAGAUGUGUGCUGGGUAGCAGAGCAGAGACAGCACAGUUCCCUAUUCGCACCUACUAUUGGCGCCUACUAUUGGCGCAGCGAGACGCCCACCCUGCACGAUCACCCAACCUGCUGCCCGCAUCCAUAAUCCUCCAACUUGCCACCCACCUGAACGAUCGCCCACUGGACCCCACAGAUAUCAAUACAAGCAAUAAUGUGUGAAUCAGUCUGUCAGUGUGAGUGUAUGGGUCUGUCACGGUGUGUGUGUGUCUGUCAUGGUGUGUGUGUGUGUCUGUCUGUCUGUCUUGGUGUGUGUGUCUAUCUGUCAUAGUGUGUCUAUGUGUGUGUGUGUGUCUGUCUGUCAUGGUGUGUGUGUCUGUCUGUCAUGGUUGGUUUAUCUGUCUGUGUCAUGGUGUGUGUGUUUGUUUGUGUCAUGGUGUGUGUGUGUGUCUCUUCAUGAUGUGUGUCUGUCAAAUGGUGUGUGUAUGUGUCAUGGUGUGUGUGUGUGUUUCUGUCUAUCAAGGUAUAUGUGUGUCAUGGUGUGUGUGUGUCUGUCAUGGUAUAUGUGCGUGUCAUGGUGUGUGUGUGUCUGUCAUGGUGUCUGUCAUGGUGUAUGUGUGUUUUUAGAUUACUAGACCCUAGUGUUUUUUCUCACCUUUUUUUUUCCCCCACACCUCAACUGGCCCUGCCUCUAUGGCUGCAAUCAUCAAGCUUGAUGAUAUCAGCCAAUCCAAUGUUUUGCGAAAGGAUCAGCUGCAAAAUGAUACACCAAUCAGCAUCUCCUCAUAGUGAUGCAUUGAAUCAAUGUAUCUCUAUGGGGAAUGUUCAGCCCCUCCAUGCAGAACGUGGAGGCGCUGAAUGUAGGUGCCUUACACUGUGCAGCACUGACACACGAAGCACCUCUAGUGACCGUCUGAGUGACUGUAACUUGAACUGUCACUAGGAAGCAAUGUAAACACUGCCUUUUCUCUGAAAAGUCAGUGUUUACAUUGAAAAGCCUGCAGGGACAGGCUAUAAUCACCAGAACCACUGCAUUAAGCUGUGUGUGUGUGACUGCUUGUUAAUGAGUUUGUGUGUGUGUGUGUGUGUGUGUGCCUACUUGUGAGUGAGCUUGUGUGUGUAUGUGUGGCUGCUAGUAAGUGAGCUUGUGUGUGUAUGUGUGUCAUUGGUUAUAGCUCUACUAAUCAGUGCAUACCGCUCAUGAAUUUUGUCAGAUUGUUUUGGAACAGUUUGUUAAAGCCUGGUGUUUUCCACUGCAUAUAUAACCAGAUUCCUCUAAAGCAAGAUUUUAGAAGCAUAUCAUCAUAUCUGUUCCAUUGUAGGUGUGGCAUUGUGCCAUUGACUCGUUCACAGGGAGAAGUAAAGGGUGGCCACAAAAUAUCUAAACCAUGUUUAUUAGAAACUUUUCUGUUGGGAGCAUGUGUGUGUUAGUGACCUUUUCUGUAUGGAGCAUGUGUGUGUCAGUGAACUUGUCUGUAGUGAGCAUUUGUGUGACAGUGAGCCUGCCUGUAGUGAGCUUGUGUGUGUCAGUGAGCUUGUCUGUAGGAAACAUGUGUGUAACAGUGGGUUUUUCUGUAGUGAGCAUGUGUGUGUGUGUGUGUGUGUGUGUGUGUGACAGUGAGCUUGUCUGUAGAAAGCGUGUGCAUGUCAGAGUUGGUUUGUACUAUGUUUGUGUGUAUACCAAUAAGCUGCUCUGUGUGUGUCAGUGAGAUUGUCUGUCAGUGAGCCUAUGUGUGUGCAUCUGUGAGUUUGUGUUUUUAUGUCAAUAAGCUCAUGUAUAUCAGUGAGUUUGUUUGUUUAUGAGGCUGUGUAUCAAUAAGCUUGUGUGUGUCAGUGAGAUUAUCUGUGUCUGCAUGUGAGUAUGCUUACUGUAUAAUUAAACUUUUACUCUGAAAGGACCAAUAUUUUAUAUUAAAAAAAUAAAUAUAUAUUUAUGUUGUACAUAUAUCUAUAUAUCUAUCUAUAUAUUUAUCUAUAUAUAUAUAUAUCUAUAUAUAUAUAUAUAUAUAUGUAUAUAUAUAUAUAUAAACAUAUAUAAAACAUAUAUACAUAUGUGUUUAUAUAUUGCUGAUCUUGAAAAAAGAUACUGAGGGGUCAAAACGUUGAUCGGGACAACUUAUGAAUAAUAUUUGAAUGAACUACACGUUUGGAUUAAGACCUAUGAGUGCACCUCCCUGCUUCAAUUUAAAUAUAUAGAAAAAUAUAUAUACAACAUAUAUAAAUAUGUGUUUAUAUAUUACUCAAUCAUCUGGGGUAGCAAGACAUAGCCUUACAUAUUACAUGUGACAAUAGAUUGCGCAAUCUUGAAUAGUAUACGUGGAACUGUACUCACUCACACAAAUCUGAGCACUGUGCUUGCUGAGCCGGAAUCAAACACCAGAUUUCCAAACAUCAGUAAAAUAAUAGGGGUCCAGGCACUCCUUGGUUCAAGACAGGCACUUUCUUGAGAACCACAACAGCAAUGUUUUGACCCCAAAAGGUCUUUGUUAAGCUCAGAUUUUGUCAAGAAUAGAUUUUUUUUCCAGGGCUGCUUUGUAUCCCCAGUUCGGCCCUGUGUGUCACAACAUAGAUGUAGCCACACUGUCCGUUCAGCUCGCAACUACCCCAUGUACUGAAGAAUCCAUGUCUUUUCUGCUCCCUCUUCCAACCAUGUCUCUGUUCCCCUCCGUUUCAUGUCUUUUCAUCACCCUUCUUCCAUGUCGUGGCUUUAGUGUGUGUAUUGAAUACAUUGUGUGCGUGUGUGUAUGGUGGAUGCAGUGUCUGUGUUUGUGUAGGGAAUGCAGUGUGUGUAGUGUAUCUAGUUUUUGUGUGGUGGAUGCAGUGUGUCUAGUGGAUGCAGUGUCUGUGUAGUUGAUCAACAAAUAAUGUGCACUAUGCAAUACAAGGUGCUUAAAGAUAUUUGUAAUACCCCCAAAAAAUGAAAUUCAUAUUAACAGGUACAACACACGUGUAAGUACCUCUAACAUAACACAUAAUUAUGAAAAAAUGUGGAGUGCACUGAGUGGAGAAAUAAACCACUUCAAGUAAACCCAGUGGUGCGCUAAAAUCUAAUUGACAUUAAAACUUACCCUCUACAGGGAUAAUUAUGUACUAGGGAAAAUAGCUGAAACAAAAUAAAUUGACAAAAUACGAUGUAGUAUAUAAGUAUGAUCGGCUUGGUUAAAUAUCUAUAUAUAACUCACUCACAUAGCAUAGAGCCUUGGUUGCUCAGAUCACACUCACAAGGGUAUGUUAGGUAAUACCAAACCUCUUCUGUGUAUGGACCUAGGUGUUCAGAAAAAAAGAUAAAAAUGAAGCAAAUGCUACUAGUGUAUUAUCUUCAGUACACAUAUAAUUAUAAAAAUUGUGCAAAUUUCUGCUCACCUUUUGGAGAGCCAAAUAUUCAGAGCUCUCAGUAUACUAUGCACUGUGCCUUUAAGAGGGCACUACUCUUCUUUUAAAAGCAGAAAUAUAUAGGAACUCACUAGACUUGUUAAAUUGCUAGUAUACAUUAUUAAACAUAAAUAAUAAAAUAAAACUGAUAACUGAUAAAAAAAAACAAGCUAGAUACCAGUAAAAUACUGUCCCAAAAAUUCAUCCUGAUCAUUCGAGACGCAUUUCACCUUGUUCUAAGGCUUUCUCAAUCGGGUUCCUGCUUUCAAAACGCUUCCUGUGUUUAUGCCUGAAGGCUGCUGUCUGAUAUAUCGUCUUAUUCAUUUCUCGUCCAAUCUCCAAUCACCAAUGUGGGGAGGUGUUUUGCUGCACAGCGGUAGGUCAUCCUCCUAACUUCCACGUCAAUCAAAUCCUCCCUUUUUGAUGCAGGCAGAAAUGCCGUUGCUUAACGGCCAGUGUCUAUGUUACAUAUUGGCAACUUGUCUGGUAAUGGACCUUAAUCUCGGUAAUAAAAGUUCAUUACAUAAAAAAUACAUAGCAAAGGAGAGGCAUCAGUAAAAAUAUCAUAUACAAAAACAAAGAUAAAGCUUACAGCAGCAGUAGCUUAGUAUCCAACAGCUCAUAAUACAUAGUAAAAACAAAGAGAACGUUACCUGCGCUCUGGCCUAAAUCCCUAUUUACAUUUAAACAAAAUGGAGGCUCUUUAGUUUUAUUCCAAUGGCCAUUUGAAUAUAUAAGCUCACCUGCCACUUCAAGGCAAGCCUCAAAAGGUGAGUCCUACACUAGCCAUUAGAUAUGCUGAUAUCAGCCAUCAGUAAAAAUAUGUUUUGUCAUUAGAUAUAAACAAUUACUUGUGACCCUACUUGUAUUAGUGUAAUAAUAGCUUAAAAUAUCAUUAAAAUAUUAUUAUAACGGCAAUAUCAUAAUAAAAAUAAAUAAUACAUUAAUUAAUAAGUAUUAAUGAUAAUUAUGGCCAUUACAUCUAAUACAAGAAAGCCAAAAGUAUAAUUUAUAGCUUCCCCAACACUUUAAAAGCAAGUGUAUUAAAUAUAUUAAAUAUUAACCAUUAUACUAAUAAUAAUAUUUUUUUAAAAAUCCAUAAAAUAAUAGCAGCUACAAAAAAGUGGCACAUUUAAAAAAUCACUAUUUAAACUAUGUGGUUGUAAGGUGUUUAGAUUAAAGAUCCACUUAAUCUUGGAUUGUCCCAUCUUUCUAAUUAUAUUUUCGUCCCUCCAGUUAAUUUAAACUUUUUGAAUUCCUAAAAAUUGCAAUUUGUCUAGUGCAUGCAGUGUUGGAUAAGUGAGUGUUGGAUAAGUGCUGGGAGGUGAGCAGUUGAAAAAUAUAAUAUAGUAACAGUAUAAAUGUGGUCUUUCCUUCCAUUUUCUCCUAUACUUUUCUUCCUUGCCUCCCCCAUCUUCUCGUCUCUCAUUCUGAUUUAAUCAUUCCCCAUUAUUAAAACUUGUUUUCAACUUUAGAUUAUAUUAAACAAAAUCUGCUAAUGAAGCAGUUUUGGUGUAUAGAACAUGCCUCUGAAGUUUUCCUCCUCCAUUCUCUGCCAUUUAGGACUUUAGUUUCUCUUUAUGCAGCCCUAGCAACACUUUCCCUGGCUGUGACUAACACAGCCUGCAUGAAAACAAAAUGGUUUCAUUUUCAACCAGAUGUAAUUUACUAUAAAAGUUUUUAUCUUCUGCUAUGCAAAUUAAACUUUAUCUGCAUACAGGAGGCUCCUGUGGGGUCUGGCAAGCUAUUAACAGAGCAGGAGAUAGGAAAUUCUUUAUUAAACAGAAUUUGCAAUAAAGGAAGUAUAAACAUUAGAUGACUCUUUACAGGAAGUGUUUAGGAAGACUGUGCAAGUCACAUGCGGGGAGGUGUGGCUAGGACUGCAAGAACAAAGUGAUUUAACUCUUUAAUGGCAGAUAAUUUCCAGAGAAUGAGAAUGCAUAGUCAUGAUCUAUACACCAAAUCUGCCCCAUUAAGCUAAAGUCAUUUAAGCAAUUUCACAUAAUUAUUGUAAUAUACAUUACAAACAGAUUAAAAAAGAAAUCAAAAUGGAGUCCACUAUACCAGCAUAUGGUAUACUAUUAUGGCAUGGUAUUAAAUGUUAUGCUAUUAUAAAGGACUAUGCAGGUCCAAGUUUAUAAAUUUUAGAUUGUACAUAUCCUAGCUUUUAUGACCAGAGCAUGUGAGUUUACUUGUGCAUAAUGCAGAUAGCUUACCUAUAUACAGCUGUCUCCAUAUUUAAUCUCAGCAUUGAACUGAUUGCUUGGUUUCAUAAUAAGAAAUAUCAGUCAGUCAGUGUUACACUUAGACGGCCAAAUAUGUUUUAACAGCUUUGUAUAGAUAGACUUCCAACAGUGGUUCUACACCUACUUUGGCAGGGAUUGAUGCUAUGUAUAUGGCACUAAUAUGGUGAUCCAUUCUCAUGUUAUAAAAUCAGUUCAGUGACCCAUUUUUAAAUUUGAAUUACAAUUCAUUAUAGAACACAAUUUUAUUACAUUUAUCCAAGUGUGAAAACUGUCUAAUUUUUACUGGGGGACAUCAAUGAUGCAGUAAACCGGGGCCUUGGGCCUGACAAUUAGUAUGUUUCUUUCUGACCAGUUGAGGCAGACUGAUAACGCAUGGAGCCCAAAUUCUAGUCAGGACACAGGGCUUAGGAACCACUGAUGUAGACAGUAUAAAUCCAUGUUUUCUUUGUAAAUGCACUGAAUAAGUAGCAGACUGUUGCUAAGGUAAUCCAACUGAAUGUGGGCUGAAAUAUAAGACACAGUGGAAGCAGUUUGCAUAUUGUCAAAGGGCACAGUAUGGGAGAAUUAUCUAUCUCAGAGAUGCUGCAUUUAAAUAAGGAGUUUUAAUAUACUAGAAAAUGUGUACAAUUGAAAUGUUUGUGGGCACGUUUUAAUUCAUUACCAUAAAAUUUAGUGUCUGGAAAAAUCAUUAAUUUAUAAAGGAAAUAGUUAUUUUUAGAGUUUUACUCUAGGAGGUUAGUUAAACAAAAAAGGUAAUUAUAAUAUUUUGGAAUGCAGUUCAUAUCAAAUGUAUUGCAAUAUUAAUGAUCAAAAUAGGUAGCCAAACAUUUCUAUUUCUGACUUCUGGGGUUUACUUGCUCAAUUAAAUUCAAUGUUACUGAACUGAUUUUGGUGAAAAAAAAAACUCUGUCCCUACUGACUUUAUUUUUAAAAUGUUUAAUUCCAUAGAUGAAUAAUUUUCAUUCUCUGUGAGUUCGGCCACUUCCUUUGACUGCCAAUCAACCAGACGGGAUAUUAUCUCCUGGCUGGCAAUAUUUAUCAGUUUUGUGUACUUGUUGUAUGUGGUAUCAGCUAAGCCAGUAAUAAAACCAAAAAGUUACCUCCUUAAGGAGAAAAUGUGUUACUCCAAAAGUGCUUAAAGUAUAAAAUAAUUUAAAUAGAAGCUCUACAAACAUCUGUGGAAUAACUCACCUUUUGCAGAGUCUAAACUCAUGGCUCUAAGGUUUACAGGUUUAGUGCCACUUUAGACUGAAGAAGCUCAGAAGGGAGUGAAAUGUGUUUUGGCUUAUACAGGAUUUCUUUAAUACAAGAAUGAUUUUUUUUUAUUUUACUGUUUUAAUUCUUUUUUUUGCUAACAAAUUUACUAGUAUUUUUAAGAGUCCUCUGAAGCCUCAGGAAUCUUCACUGGGUAAGUGCCACAAUGCCCGUAGAGCAACGAGUUUAGGCUCUGUAAAAAAAUGAGUUCAAUACCUAUUUUAUACUUUUAUUGGUUUUCUAUUGGAUAUACCAGACAUUGGAUGCCUUUCUCUAUGUUAUUUCUACCAAAGGGAACAUCUUAAUGAAGUAGUGGUGUGAUGCUGCCCUAAGAGCAAAACAAUCCUAUAUGCGUAGACAAUACAUAUAGGUUCCAUUGCAUGUGAGUGACCUGAUCUCAAAAAAGAUACAUUGCUUAUAUUUAAUUACCAUCUGCAUUAUAGUUUGUUAUUUUCAGUUUUUUAUGUACUAGAUAUAUACUUCUGUACAUAGCAACAUAUACGUGGGGUAAGUUACUCCUAUCAUUUUUACUUCCAGUGCUCCACCAUAGGUAUAGGUGUAUAUUUUACCACUAGAAGUUGUGAGUACCUUGAAUAGGCCAUCUAUGGCUGGGUGACAUAGGUACACAGUUUUAAAGCUCUUGAUGCCUUCCUGGCUCUUAGGCAAUCUAACUCUUUAACUCCCUUCUAACGAAAAACAUAAAUCAGUUCUAGUUUUUCACCUCUUUCUUUCUUAGGUGUAGUAGGCACCUUAUCCAAACCAGUUCACACAAGAUUAGUUACUUUACAAACUGGGCAAUGAAUGGAAAAUUCUUCAACAUCAGUUGGCUGAACAAUGUCAAGUGAGCUACUACAGUUGUUGGUAAAUUAUGCUGCCUGUUACAUGGUAAUGCCAUAAACUGUGGAAGGGAGGACUGAAGUCUGAAUAUGUCAGUGGAGACAUGUAUAAUUGAAUUGAACACCAGUGAAUUGACCACUAUAUUCACCUCCACUACGGGUUAAUUUGUUUCUUUACCUGAUACCUAUAGUAUUGAGAUUAGUAGCAGCCAGUAGUAGUAGUAGUCUGUCCAUAUCUCUGGAGACAUAUAUGGAAAUAUACAAUAUAUAAUUAUUCCCCAACUACUAAGCAUAUUAAAUAUAGGAUUGCGAAUCCAAAUUUCCAUUGGAUUUGGUGCCACAACUAACUCAUCAUCUAGAUGAACUUUGUCCUGUGUCAAUACUUUAAAAACAUAAGCCCUUACAUAACAUCCACCGUAUGUUGGUUUUUAGUUGUGAUCUUGAACCUUGGAUUGUUUCCUUUAUGUUAAAGUUUGGAAAAGAACACAGAAAGAGCCAACCAUAUAGCAAAGUCUGCAUAACUGUAGGGUACCCUUACCCAUGGAUGUUAGCACACUAGUUUACCUAAAUACACAGGAAUUAAAUGGAAAAAAGUCACAUAUUGUGUACUACCAAAAAUGAACAAUUUAACAAUUUUAAAUAAAUUAAAUGAAAAUACAUGGCUUUUAUGUACUGACAACAUACUUUAUAUAUGAUGACAUUACAUACAUGUGAAAAACUCUGGUCUCUGGUGUGUUGUGGUGCUCUGAGUAUUCAAGAAGUGCCAGGGGACCAUGAGGGAGCUCUUAAAGUAAUCUGCAUGUGAUAAAUGUGCAGACCAGAAAACUCUCUUGAUCUAUUGACGGGACACAGGGACAAUCAAGGAGUAACUUGGUAACUGGCUAAGCUACCUUAGGGGUACUUUGACUCUACUGAUUGGUAGUUCGAGAAUACCACAUACAUUUUAUGAUAAUCUGCUUUCUUAAAUGCAUAAACAAGUAGAGUUGUAAACCUAUGUCUGAUUCUGACCUGCUUUAGUAAAAUUUUAAUUAAUUCUCUUUUGCUAAUUUCUGCUUUCCUGCUUUCGUGUUCUCCAUAAGUUAAAGUCUGUACAGCAAUGUUUUACAGACUGUCAUUGGGUUGAUAAACCAUAAAAUCAAUAAAAUUAGUCAUCUAUUCAUCCAUCUAUUAAUGGGCCAAACAGAUCAAUUUCUGACACUCAAAACAGGUCAUAAUAUAAAUGUCAUCUAGGUCCCAUGGUUCACUUGCUUGAUGUCUCAAUAAAGAAGACAAAGUGCCGUAUAUGAUGUGUCACAUAAAGCAGAUUGUUAAUAAAUUCUGUAAUAUACAUUUUAAGUAAUAAUUUAGGUUUUGAAUAUUUAAUGUGAUCUCUGUUCUUUUACAAAUCUAAAAUUGUGCCUUGUGUGUAUAAUUUAUCUUUCAAAUCACUAUGAUUUGCUGUUUAGUACAUUUUAUAUUCCUUCAUUUUCAUUCAUUUUAAAAAACACCACAUAUUGGGAAUUCUAUGUACAAUAUUUAAAAUAACGUUCAAAAAGUAGCACCUGCUUCUAUGCAUCUGGUCAGCAUUUUUGCGGGACCAUAACCUCACAUUACCUACAUUGGCUCAUUGGAACCUCUAGAUUCACAGUCACAUUAUUCUUGUCUCCAUAGUUCUUUCAUGUGGAUGGUUAAUUUCUUGUGUGAAAAUGUGGGUAGUAUUUUUGCAGUCUGGUAAAAUGUGAAUGUGGGAUCAGUACUGAUGCAAGAAUUUUUGACUACACAGGUGCACAUGCAUUUUGCCCCCUUCUCCUGUAAAUAACACAUAUAUAACAUUUACACAGAUGUGUCACAUAGAAACAUAAAUAUUAUUUAUAUAUCUUUGUAGCUUCCAGUUCAAGGGUUUGGAGGCUGCAUGUAGGAGUGUGUGUGUACAGAGUGGAUUGUUUGUGUUGUAGUAUAUGUGUAAAAAUGUGCUGUAAUGCUUAUGAUGUAGAAUAUGUGGACAGGGGCAGUAUAUAGUGUGUGUUCCUAGAGGUGUAUGUAUAGAAGAUGUAUUAUGCAUGUGUGCAGGGGGUGGGAGGGGGAGGUGUGCAUGAAGGGACUGCAUGAAGGCAGUGGAGGAGCAAUUGAUAUUUUAUUUAUAUAUAUAUAUAUAUAUAUAUAUAUAUAUAUAUAAUUAUUAUUAUUCCAAAACCAUAAGUUCUCUUCUAUUCUUUUCUAUACCUUGGGCCAGGGAGGAGAUCCAUGGUGGUCAAAUAUCCACUGCCAGUGGUUCUGGUCUGCAUCCUGACAGCACUAGGUGUACUGGACUGGUGAGGGAGAUCCUUCAUGUCCACACUGGUCCAUGAAAGGUUAGAGCUCCCUCUGUAUGGGCCACAGUCUACAAACAAAGUUAGCUCUGGUCCUGUGUUGGAUACAUUACAGUGGAUUGUAAGCAUGUGAAUGUGGGGUGCAUUUCAAUGAUGGUACUGUGAGUGUUUGAAAUGAAUUUUAAAAUCAAAUUUGAUGUCCUUACAAUUCUCACUAUUGUAAGUGCAUAAAAGUGAGGUGCAUUUCUGUAUGCAAAUGUGUUGUGUAUUUUUGUGGAACACCAGUGCAUGAAUGUGAGGUGUGCAGAUUAAUUAUGUGAGGUGGGGUAUUUUUAUAUUAAGCCUCAGUAGUGAAUAGGGUGUUUUCUGUGGAAUGCCAUAGGUUGAAUGUGAGGUGCAUUUUUGUAAAGUGUCAGUACAUGACUACUAAAACAUAGGCUCACUAAUAAAGAAGAUACUGUAGACAUGCAUAGAACAAUUCAUUUGUUAACCUACAGCUAUCGUAGAGAGGUCUGUGAGAAAGGCUCAGACAUUUAGAUGUAUAUGGAAGUAAGGACAAUGACUCCCAAGAGGCAGAGCAAAUGAAGGAAGGAGCAGUUUGAUAACCAUAGAGCAAGCUAUUAAACAUUAUACUGGGACUUUGAUUGUAGGUGGUAGUGAGCAGUAUUACUUCCCAGAUCAGUCCUCUUAGACUAGCCGAUGCCCAACCAAGGUACCCUGUUUGCAGGCUCAGAGGGAAAGUCAGAGAGUUCCUCCACCUGUACUCCUUCACAUUGCACUGCAUUGGCAUGGCACACGCCAUCAGCUCUCUGCUCACAGCAGGUGUUAUCAAGCUGAAGUGGCGUCCAGCCAUGCUCCUGUACUGGUACCUCCUGGGUCUGCUUGUGUGGAUAAAAAUAGAAAGGUGAACAGCGCUAAAAAUCAGAAAAUAUACAUACGUUUUGUAGAAAUACUGGCCAGCAGAGUAACUUAAAAAAAAAGGAGAAACAAAAAUACAAAUAAUGGUACAGUAUGUAUGAACGAUAUAAUUCCACAAGAACAAAGGUGUUAUAUUCACACUCACACUUUGAGGAGCUAUAUCAGCUCGGUGUUAAGAGCCUGGACGGAAUAAUCCCCGUCUAUGGAUUUCUUGAGGUUCAAGACCGUUGGUGAAUUUAUAGGUGUAAAUAUUCGUUACAUGAAAAACAAGAGUAAAAUACACCACAUGGUAUAGUACGUAAAUAUAAAAUAUUUUGAAAAAAAAAAAGUGGAUGAUCCUACUUACAUAUACUAGAGCAACGACCUGCUCUAGUUUGGAGAAUUUCAGGUGGAAUAAUCCCCACCUUGGGAUAUAGUGGACCCAGGUAUAGCAGCAAAGCAGUAUUGGUUAGGAAGGAGGACAAAAAGAAUGACUGGAUAGUUUAAAAAAUAUAUAUACUUUAAUACAAUAAGUAAAAAGUGAAUAAUAAACUAUAAAACCAGUCCUGUAUAAAAGUCCAAAAUUCUUCCUCACUUGACGCGUUUCGCCGAAGCUUUCUCAAAAGUGAAUGCUUGCUGCUUGGGGUCCUUGAGAUUAUAUACCCUCUCUGAUGAUGAAAAUCGAUUCUGCUGUGCAUAUUUCCUCAUUUCCUGUUUUCAGCAAGAUAGCAUAGACAGGAAGUUCUCCGGACACCAUCUUGGAUGUGGGCAAUUUGUGGGAAAGUUCAAAAAUAGGAAUCAAAGGUAUACAAUAACAUAAUAACAUAUAGAAUCAGAUAAAAACGUGAAUAAUUACAGAUGUGGGCACACAUAGAGUAUAUGAUAGUAGAAAUCAAUUCUACUAUGUGUAUUUCCUCAUUUCCUGUUUUCAGCAAGAUGGCAUAGACAGGAAGUUCUCCGGACGCCAUCUUGGAUAUGGGCAAUUUGUGGAAAGUUCAAAAAUAGGAAUCAAAAGUAUACAAUAACAUAAUAACAUAUUGAAUCAGCUAAUAACUUGAAUAAUUACAGAAAUGGAUACACAUAGAGCAUAUAAGUGACAUAAAAGAUAUAAUAAUUAAUUACUUGAUAGUGUCAUAAACAAAACUGUUCCGGCCGCCAUUUUAGAUAUGGGCUAGUGAUAGAAAUUGAGCUCAAAGAAUGCCAUAUCGAAAAAGGACAUACUUUAAAUGGAAAGGGGACAUGUAUAUACAGCUAGGGGAAAUAUAAAUAGUAUAAAAACACAGUAGUAUCUGCAUAAAAGGGUGUAAAAGAAUUUAUAAACACCCAUUAAAAAUGGGUUAUAGAACGAGUAAUAAAAAAUAAAUUUUACAAAAUGAAUUAUAAAAAAUGAACCAAAUCGAAUUCUAUAUUAAGUCCAUUUGGGUGGAGGGUAUCUAAACGAUAGACCCACUCCAUUUCUAACUUGCCUAUGUUUCUGGUGGUGUCGCCCCCUCUCCAAUGUGGUUUAUAUUUAGCAAUACCCAAAAAUUUUAAUAGGCUGCGGGUCUUUGUUGUGCUGUAAAAAGUGCGCAGAUACAGAGUGAUUUUUGUAGCCUUUUUCAAUAUUACGGCAGUGUUCACUAAUUCUUACUUUCAAUGGCCUUAUUGUUCUGCCGACGUAUUGUAGUCCACAUGGACACUCUAACAUGUAGAUUACGUUAUUACUAUUACACGUUAAAAUUUCAUUAAUGUUAAAGAGCUUUUUGUUUCUGUUAGACUUAAACUCUGAUGUGCAUUUUUCCAUUUUGUGUGUUUUUCUACAUGAUAUGCACGUGUUACAUCUAAAAAAACCUUUAUUGAUAGUUAAAAAAUUGUUUUUUUGUAUGUUUUGAUUUCUAGUGAAAUUAUUUGUAAGUUGUAAUUUUAGAUUAGGUGCACCUCUAUAUAUUAUAAUGGGUUUAUCUGGUAGGGCUUUACUUAGUAUUGGAUCCUCUUUAAGUAAAUGCCAAUUUUUGUUAAUAAUCUUUUUGAUAGGUUUGCUUUUAUUAUUAUAGUCAAAUAUCAAAGGAAGGGUGAAUCUAUUGGUUUGAGGGUCCUUAGGUGGUUUUUGGAGCUGCUUGUGUGGAGGCUAGGUUGUGUGAAUUCAGGAGGACGUCUCCCCCUUCUGAUCCGUCUCCAGCUUAUCAUCCCUGGAGGUUACACUGGGUAUCUGUGGCUGGGGUCUCCCUGCUCCGGUUUCCAUGUUAAGCCUCUCCUCCAAGCGUUGCCAAAAUUCAGCACACAGUUGGUCGAAGCGGACCAGGAUUUCACUUGGAGGCCGCAUGUGUUCAGUUCUUCCCAAUAUUAAGCAGUUGCAGUAUGAAUUAGUCAAUAAUAUUGGUUUAUAAGCACUAAAUCUUGGUUAAGUUUAGGAGCUCCCUCAAUCUGAGUCCUGCUUACUUGGCAGUCAGGCCCCGCCCCCAAACUACCCAAACACAAGUUUUUUUUAAUGCUUCUUUAAGUAAAAUAGUAAUAAGUAAUAUAACAUGAACUUUUUUUAAAAUUCAUGUGACUAACAUUUUGUGAGUUCCUAUUUAAUUGCGAUUUUUUUAUACUUUUACACUUAUUUUCACAGUCAAAAUCUAAAACAUUUUUAGGGUGAUUUACUAAAGUGAAAAUUGUGAGGAAUUCAAAGUGAGUUUUAAGAGGAAGGCCAACUUAAGUGAUUUCAACAAUGCUUCCAGUUCAGCUAUUUUCAUCUAAAAUUUUAAAUUCACUUUGAAUUCUCUUUGAAUCCCCACCAAAUUUUCACUUUAGUAAAUAAUCCUAUUUGUCUUAAAAUAACAAGAACAAUAGAACUGAAUGUGGUGCUUAUGUAACUUAAUCAAAUGUUUCACACAUGGAAGAAUUAACACACAUAGUGAAAAGUAUGCUGUAAACAUUUCCAGACUUAGAAAGGGCAUCUGUAGGCAAAAGCCCUUAGCAGCAACCAAGGCUCUUCAUUAAUUAACAAGGGGAGAUAAUUAUGUCUCUAAAGCUAAUAAACAUGACAGGAAAAACCCAAGGUGACUUCUUUAUAACUUUAGUAAUGAUUUUUAAACCAGAUGUAUUUAAUCACUGACCUGGUAACUUUGAAAAUAACUUGUUUACAACAUAGUGAAGGAAAGUUGUAAGUGAAUUAAGUUUUCUGAAGUUCCAGGAUGUUUUAAAAGUGUCUGCAAGUUUAAUACUUCUCUUAAAUAAACAGUUUCUAAAUCAGAAGCCUUGCUUCCUUUCUACCAGUAUAACAUAGAGUACAGUGUGAGUCUCCGCCAAGGGAAUUGUAGCUAGGGCUGCAUAAACAAAGACACUUAACUGAUACAUUUCAGACAACUGAGCAGUGAGACUGCAGGGAUGUAAUCUAGACCAGUGGUGCCCAAAAGGUAGAUUUCCAGGUGUUGUAGACCUACAACUCCGAUGAUGCAGUGCAUGUCUUUAGAAUGGCAAAGCACCAUGAAAGCUAUAGUUUUAAAACAUCUGGGGAUCUGCCUUUUGGGCAUCCCUGAUCUAGACACCAAAACUACUUAUUUAAGCUAAUUUUUUGGGGAGCUUAGUGUCAAUUUAAGAAGUUAAAGGUCUGAUUCCCAAGAUACUCUUUUGCUGAGACUAUUUACCCUAAAUAAAUAUAAAAACAAGUCCUUCAUACCUACUUACUCGAACAGUAGGCUUGAUCUUUGGUUAGAUAAUGAGAAUGGAGAAAGUAAUUAGUUUAUAGUACUUAGAAAACUUCUGUCUGUAGUGGUCCAUAUAACCCAAUUGGUAAAAUUUUCUAAAUCUCAUAUAAAGCAAGAUCAUGUUCCAUGAGCCAUAGAUUGUACUUGAAAUUGUACUGAUUCAUGCAUAAGCGCAGUAAUGUUGGACUACACUGAUUGGGUAAUGUACCUUCAGCAGUUUAUUUAUCUCAGCGUCUAUUCCCAGCAUUAUUGCAUAGAUACAUGCUUUUAUAGUACUACCCGUAUUGUCAGAGUUACUUGUUCAAGUGAGAAUUGAUGGGGAUUCAAAUUAAAUUCAAAGUGAAUUUAAAAUUUAAGGCCAAAUUAGCUGAACUGGAAGGAUAGUUGCCAUGGAGAAAUUUUCCAAUUCAGCUAUUUUGGCCUUAAGUUUGAAAUGAAGUUUAAAAUCAAAUUUGAUGUCCUUACUAUUCUCACUUUAGUGCAUAAUACUGUACAUGUGUUUGUAUUGCUAUGGCAUCAACCAUUCCCCUUCGUUUAAUGCUCUUUACAUAAUAUACAAUUUAUGCUGUUUUAAAAUGGUUAUCAGUAUCAUCCUUUGAAAGUUAAUGGCCAUCUCUUUUGGUGUAGCUGAAAAAGUGUGUCGGAACAACAUCAUUAAUACAUCUCUUUGGCUGCAACAUGUGCUUAAUCCUCAUUAAACUGAUAUCAGUAUUUAGUACAGAUACUCUACAUGAGUUAUUAAAACUACUGAAGCUUGAAGGAUUCAUAGUAAAUUAUUUUGUCGUUACACCUAAUGUGUUUUAACGGAUACUAUGAAUCAAUUUUGGGUCAAAGAUGUAUUUGUUGCAUGCUUUCAUUAUUAGUUACCGAAAUGCCCAAAUUUUACAUAUAAAAAAUUAUUUUAUUUGCUUUUGAUAGUUUGUUUCCCUGGCUCAUAUUGUACAAUAUACAUAAUGUAAGUUAUACAGACAGAAGUAUAAAUGUGUAUUUUCUAAAUUUAGCACUGGUUUUAUGUAAACUAGAUGUAUGCCCAAGGAAAAAAAAUAGUUCAAUAUAAUUUUGAUUAAUACAUUUUUGAAUUUUGGUUAAUUUCAAAUUGUAAAAAAUAUUGAUGAAACCGAAUUUCAUCCAAAUAUAUAUAAUAAUUUUUUUUAAAAUCCCUAUGGGGAAUUAAUGAAGGUGGAAUUCACAAAUUUACAAAGUUACCAAUUUAGGGAGUUAUCUACUAAACUGCUGAAAGAAUGUGAAUAAGAAAAGCCCUUAAUUUUACUAUUUUAACUGUUUAGUAGACAGCUAACAUCUUGGCUUUUUUAUAUGGGAUUGCCAUAUUUAAAUAUAGCAAAUUAGACAUUAUCUACUAAACAGCUUAAAUAGGAACAUUUAGAAAAGUUAUUUCUAUUUGUUUAGUAGAUAUAUCCCUGAUUUGCUGACCUUAUGUAGGAUUGCCAUAUUAAGAAUACCAAAUAAUGGAGCUAUUUACUAAACAGAUGAAAGAUCAAAAUGAAGAAAACCCCUUGUCUUAAUGUUACUCGUUCAUUUGUUAAGAAGAUAACUCUAAUUUGCUAUCUUUAUAAAAAACGAAUCCCAAAUUCUUUGAAUUCUUUCAAAUUGACGAAUUUGAAAAAAAAAAUAUGACUUGUAAUGAAAGUAACUAUGUCUAAUAUAACCCAUCCAUUAGCAUUCCAUUGUAGCAGCACAGGAUAAAAAUUCAUGCAACUUAACUGUAAUACUUAACAUAUAUCUCUUUACUAUUUCUAACUUGUCAAACUACAUUAUUUAAAACACAAACCCAAAGCCUUUUAACAUUUUUAAAAUGUAGGCUAUAGAAGAGUAUAAUUACUAUGCCUCCCUUAAAGAAAUAUCCUAAGCACCAAAAGAACUUUUGCGUAACUUCUUAAGGACAGAGGCAAUUAACCAAGUUGUGAACCAAAAUCUAGACUUUGUGAUAUGUGUUUGUUUCACUUUAAUUGAAUGGUUUCUCUUUAAGUGACCCUUAUCUAUUAUAUCAGUGGUUCCUAAACCAGUCCACAUGACAAACAAUCCAAGAUUUAUGUAUUUUCUUUUUUUUAUUCCAAUGAAGAUACUGACAAAACCUGGACUAUUGGUGGAACCUGAGGACUGGUUUGGGAACCACUGUAUUAUAUACUGCUGUUUAAAGGACAGAAAGGGCUUUUUUUAAAUGCCAUAUAAGUAUACCUAAAAAUAUAAAAAAUGUUGAAAAUUGUGAAAAUUGUAAAAACAAUAUUUGUUUUACAUUUUUUUGCUUGUAAUGCAUUUUACACAUUAUACUAACACCAGGAAGGGCUUAACAAAGUCAUUUUGGUGUAUAAAUCAUAUCCAUGAAAUCUCCAUGGCUCAUAAUUAAAAUUAAUAAAAUUAGGAAACAUAAAAAAAUGGGAUAAUUUUAGUUUGUAGAUGGGGUUUAUCCCACAAUUUUUUCAAUAUUUUAGGGGAAAUUAAAACAUUGAUCAGAUUUUGAAAUACAAAAAAAGAAAGGUGUAGCACUGUUACUUUAGUAAAAUUAUUUUAAUUAAGUGCAGUGCUCUAAAGGUACAGCAGCAAUGUUUUCAUCAUGUCUCAUCUUUAUCUAGCCAACAAAAGAAAUACAUAAUUUGCUUCAAUAUUCUCUAAAUAUCCAGAAAGAAAAAAUAGCUUUCUAAGAAUAUAGGGUUUAUGAAAUACAUGAUACAUGAUGCUUGUUUAUGUAUUUUAAGGAGGACAAUAGAUGCAUUUUGUAGUAUUACUCUUAGCAAUAUAAUAAUAAUAAUAAUAAUAAUAAUAAUAAUAAUAAAACUGUACUUUGCUUAUAAUAGUUAUUACUACUUUUAAGUACCCUCCCUUCCAACCCCACACAUAGGUUUCAUGCUACAAUCUUUCAGUGAAAUAAGACAGAUAUCUCAGUACCCACAUUCCAAACCUUCUAUUAAUAUAGGAUUCUUAACUAUUAAUAAAUAGUCAACAACUUUUUUUUAUAAUUUACCUUCUAAUUUUAUGAAACUAUUAUAAAUGUUAUUGUUACAUGUGUCAAUCUUAUUAUUUUUUUAUUUUUUUUGCAGAUCCUUAUGUGAAAGUGAAUCUUUAUCAUGCUAAGAAACGGAUUUCCAAAAAGAAAACUCAUGUCAAGAAAUGCACUCCAAACGCUGUAUUUAAUGAACUCUUUGUGUUUGAUAUACCAUGCGAAGGUCUAGAAGACAUAAGUGUUGAGUUUCUUGUGAUGGAUUCAGACAGGGGCUCCAGAAAUGAGAUUAUUGGGCGGUUAAUUCUUGGAGCUUCUGCAGAUGGAACAGGUGGAGAGCACUGGAAGGAGAUCUGUGAACAUCCUCGGAGACAAAUUGCCAAAUGGCACAUGCUUUGUGAUGGUUAGAAUCCUAGACAUGAUUGGACUUUAAAUAUAUCCCCAAAUCCUAUUUCUUUGCAUUGUAAUAUAAGACGCUUCAAAAUACAAUUUUUUGUUAUUUCUUUUCUUUUGUGAACAAUGAUUUAGGAAAAAAGUUGGAAAAACUCAAAACAAAGAUAACAUAAUGAUGUUACCUUUAUAUCUGUAUAUGAGGAGUGCACAGUGCAUAUAUACUGUGUAUAAUCAAUCUCACUAAAUGCAGUGGAAUACAUUAAACUAUGUUAAUACUGUUACAAAGCUCUCCAAAUGUCAUGGGCAAUGACUUUGUUAUUGUUUAUAACAUUGAGUGUUCCAAUGAAGCUUUAAUCUGUCAUGUAAACCCACUUUCAUAACACUGAAAACAUAUUCCAAAAAAUUGGGAACAACUUGAUUUACUUGCAUCUCAUGCUUUGUUGUUCUUCUUGUGAAAACAAUCUGCUGUUUGAAAUUGUGAUUCUAUUAAAUUAAACAUUUAAGCAAAUGCAGAAGAAAAAAACGCAAAGUUAUGAAAGGUCUCUGAGAACAGUAUUGUGUUCAGUUACUAAUAUGUCUAAAGCAUGCUUGUAUGUGUGUAAGGAGUGAAUCCACUGGACAUUGAAAGUGAGAUUCAGGUCAUGAACUCAGGUUCUGAAAAACUCCAUCUUGAAGGAAUUGAGGUUAUAUAUGCAGAACAUCUGCUAAAAUUCUAAAUUAAAAUCCCAAGCCAUUCUCAGAACAGAUAAGAAUAUUCCAGAUUAGAAACAAAAUCUUAAAUUCGGGAUUGAAGUAGGGUAAUGGAAUGGUAGUAGACUUUUAGGUACAAGUUAAAGAUCAGGUUGCAACUUAGAAAUCAGAAACAUAGCUCAAAAUAAGGUAUGUAAUUUCAAUGUAAACAAAAAAAUUAAAUUGACUGUUAAAAUCAGAAAAUAACUGCUAAUGGAUGAUAACUAUAGAGUCAAUUUCAAUAUUUUGCCAUUUUUACAAUAAAGUCAACUUUAGUCACAAUAUUCAAUGAUACACAGAUUGAAUUGGAAGGACAUCAUUAUAAAAAGUCAGCAAAAAGUUUGAACAUGUUUUUUUCCACAUAAAUUACUAUACCUAUGUGGGUACAUGUGUAAUAACACAUGGAAAAUUGUCCAAAAAGCAUUGCAUAUUCACUACUUCAUUAUAAUUCUCUUGGCCCAUAAAUUGAUGAGGGACAUUGUGAAGUAAAGAUGAAAUACAAAAAAGGCCUUCGUUCUUGCAAAAAAAAUUCAAGAUUCUAAAAAAUACUAUUAACUGUAUUUGAAUAUGUUUAUCUUGUGAUGUGAGAUGGUAUUGAUAUAUGGUAUAUAAAUGACUCAUACAUUCGGAUAUUUAUGAGACCCAAAUCUUUCAGAAUUUCUUGAAGACGAUUUGUUUUCUGGUCACGAAAAACAAUUUUAUACCUUUGUGAAAAUACAGAUUAAGUAAUAGAAGACUUUGGAAAGAGACAUGAAAAUUAAAUUUGUUAUAUAUAAAAAAAUCAACGCAGUGGUAUUAAGAGGCUUCCUAUUUGAAAUAUUUUCUCAUGAAAAGUCAUUACUUGCUUACAGCUAUAACAAACUAUAUCAGUUUGGAAGGGAAAGUGAUAUCGAAGAAGCUAUAUGCCUGAAUAUAUUAAUUUAGAAGAAGAAAGCGAGCAAGACCAGGUGAUCAGGAUCUUUCAUUCAAUUAUGGAUAAACUGAGCAAGAACAAGACAAGUGUCCAAUCUGGCAUCCUAUAUGACCUUAAUUAAGUAGUUUUCUAAAUAUACUGUGAAAAUAUGGGACACAACAGAUGCAUUACCAAUCCUUUUUGAACACAAAAUUGUUUAACAUUCUUAGUGGUUGUGGUUUUGACUGCCUGCAUUGCAGUCUAUAAGUGUACUGGUGUCUAUAGAAUAUAGGUUUAAGAGACUCUUCUGAAGACCUUCACAUAAACAAGUGUUUAAUGUUUCUACUCUGUGAAGAUUCUAAAACAAGUGACAAAUGAAUUCACAGUUAUGGGCUGACAUGUUUUUUAAGCAAG